AUGCAUUGCUUCACGCGACUGUUAGCAAUACUGAGCUGGCUGGCGCUAUCAGCAGCCCACACCCAAAUCGUCUACCCCGGCGAACGAGGAGACAACCUCCACACAAACGGCACCCUCCCCCAAAACAACCCCAACACAAUCGGCGUCGACAUCAGCCCGGAUGGCAGCUGGGAAUUCCCCUACGGCCAACAAUUCAUCUACCCAUGCGGCGGCAUGCCCCAAUCCCGCAACCGCACCGUCUGGCCCUACCUAGGCGGCGCCAUCUCCAUCCAACCCGGCUGGUUCGCCGGCCACAAGACCGCCUUCUUCUACAUCAACAUGGGCAUCAACGCGCCCGGCGAGCUGGCGCCGCCGAACAUGUCGCACAUCCUCGUCCCGCCCUUCCAGAUCCUUGGGCCGUCGGACAGCACGUACGGCGGGCAGUUUUGCUUGCCGCAGGUGCCUACGCCGGUCAAUGUUACGCUCGCCCCGGGGGAUAAUGUGACGUUGCAGGUGAUUGAGCUGACGCAGUUUGGGGCUUCGCUGUAUAAUUGCGUCGAUGUCACGCUCGUCGAACCCGAGCAGGCCAUCCCCGUCACGCCGCAGAAUUGCUUCAAUAGCUCGGAUAUUGGGUUCGAGCUGGUCUUCACCUCUGCUGCGCUGACAAGCGGCGCGGAACUGCGAAUCCCUACUCCCUCGGUGCUUUCGCUUUCGCUUGUCACGUUUGCGGCGCUGGUGAUGGCGGUGAUAUGA